AUGGCCGAUUCCGACGGCGAGUUUGUCGCCGACAACGUGUCGGACGACAUGAUGGACCACACGAUCGAAGACGAAGACGAUGAUGACGACCACUACAAUGGCUCUGGCGCCGGCGACCGACCCUCAAAAUCUGGCGGUGCCUCGGGCAGCGGACGACCGAAGCGUCGAAAAAAGGACGGCGGCGGCGGCGGCGGCAAGAAGAAGAAGAAGACGUCCGCGCAGGCAUGGGAGCAGUCGAGGCGGACGUGGGAAACGGACCUACCCGAGGAGGGCGAGGACGGGACGCUGGACCUGACGACGCUGGCGGCGGAGGAGCGGCGUCGGCGAUUGCGCGCCAGGGACGCGACGCCCCUGCAGCGCGGCAUCAUCCGGCACCUGGUGCUGGUGCUGGACAUGUCCUUCGCCAUGGCGGACAAGGACAUGCUGCCGACGCGGCACCGCCUGGCGCUGCGCUGCGCGGCCGCGUUUGUGCGCGAGUUUUUCGAGCAGAACCCGAUCUCGCAGCUGGCCGUCGUGGGCAUGCGCGACGGCGUCGCGGUGCGGAUCAGCGACCUCGGCGGCGAUCCGGCCGAGCACCUCGAGCGCCUCCGCGAGCUCGAGGGCCAGGAUCCCCAGGGGAACCCGAGUCUGCAGAACGCGCUGGAAAUGUGCCGCGGUGCGCUGUUCCACGCACCUUCACACGGCACAAGAGAGGUGCUCAUCGUCUACGGAGCCCUACUGUCGAGCGACCCCGGCGACAUCUACGAUACGAUGACGAGCCUCGUCCGCGACCGGAUCCGCGUGUCGGUCAUCGGGCUGUCGGCGCACCUGUCGGUGUGCGCGGAGCUAUGCGCGCGGACCAACGCCACGGGCGACAGCGAAGCGUCGAGGUACUACAAUGUCGCCACCGACGAGGUGCACUUCCGAGAGCUGCUGCUCGCCGCGACGACGCCGCCGCCGGUGGCGCCCGCCGCUGUCGCCACGGAGGAGGAGGGCGCGGGUGCGGCCAGCCUGCUGAUGAUGGGCUUCCCCUCGCGCGUGCUUGCGCCGGGCGGCGCGGCCAGCUACUGCGCGUGCCACAACCGGCCGUGCCGCGAGGGCUUCCUGUGCACCCGCUGCGGCAGCCGCGUGUGUCGGCUGCCGGCCGAGGGUCCCGCGUGCAGCCUCACGCUGAUCCUGUCGACUCACCUCGCGCGCUCGUACCACCACCUCUUCCCGCUCCGCAACUGGGUCGAAGUAUCGUGGGCGGACGCGGCGCGGUCGGUCGCGUGCUUCGCCUGCCAGUGCCCGUUUCCCGUGCCGCCACCGUCAGCCCUGACCGUGAACGGGGAGGAGGAGGAAGGUGGGGGGAGGAAGACGAAGGCGCCAAAGGGAGUGAGUGAGAGUGCGCGGUACGCGUGUGAGGUGUGCGGGAAUCACUUUUGCAUCGAUUGCGACGUGUACGCGCACGAGGUCAUUCACAACUGCCCGGGGUGUCAGAGCAACGUGCAGCAGCAGCAGGAGGAGCCGGCUCAGGCGAAUGGGAAUGGGAACGGCCUGAGUAAUGGACACGCCAACGGCGCAAUGGUGGUCGAUGCGUAG